CAGCAGAUGACGCGCAAGGCCCGGGCUGCAAUCACCAUCUUGACAUCUCUUAUUGCCUACCUGUCCGUCAACAGUCUCAUCCGUACAGUGAAGCCCGCUGCGUUUAUAUGGUCGGAGGAGGAUAAGGAAGAGUCGCGCUGGAUCGCGAGCUCGCGCUACUGGCUUGACCGCAAGGCCUGCCGCUGGUUCGGCAUCUGCGGCGCCGCGCAUUUCCACCCGGUGCAUGCCCGGUUCGGCCAUCGCAAGGUGGUAGUCGACCAGCUGCUUGAUGCUGCCGGUGAGGAGACGGCUCCCUGGCACUCGUUCUGGACCAGUGGGUCCGAGAAUCCAGAUGAAUGGUCCGAAACCGAGCGCUCCUUGCGCGAGAUCCCAGAUUAUGUCUUCGAAUACGCACCGCUAGUCCAUCUCUUCUCGAGCGAGCAGUUCUGGCCGUGUGACAUUGCAGAACAUCUGUUCCAUAUCACCCCGAUGCUCAACUAUACUCCCAUUCAGUCCCAGUUUGAUCAUGUCACAUUAUCCGAUCUCGACCUAUUGAAUCAGUACCAGAAGGGGAGAAAUGUGUUUUUAACGAGCAACGACGAUGCAGAAGACCGGCCCUCCUGGAUGGAGGGUGAGAAGAACAUUCCUGAGCCGGAUGCAGGCGACCAGGACGAGUCAUGGGCUGAUUGGGAGGCUCAAUUCAAUGAAGACGACCUGGAAGAUAAAGUCCAAUGGAUAGAUGUCAGCGACUCUGAUCCAACCAAUGUGCCCGACAUUCUGAUGCAGGAUGAACGGUUCAGACAUGAGUUACAGAAACGCUAUGGCGGCCACAAUGUCCAAGACCACGGCCCGGACAGCGGCGGGCGGAGCGAGGCGCCUGCCAUCUUGGUGGCGAUUGACAAGGGCAACGGCAUCAUUGACGCCUUCUGGUUCUACUUCUACAGCUUCAACCUGGGCAACGUUGUCUUCAAUGUGCGAUUCGGCAACCAUGUCGGCGACUGGGAGCAUUGUCUCGUCCGGUUCCAGCACGGCAAGCCAAAAGCCUUGUUCCUCAGUGCCCACAACGGUGGCUCGGCUUAUAACUACGAAGCGGUCGAGAAGAUCGGACAACGGCCUGUGAUCUACUCCGCCAUCGGCACACACGCCAUGUACGCCAUGCCCGGCACACACUCGUAUAUCCUACCCUGGGGCCUGCUGCACGAUCAGACCGACCGCGGCCCGCUCUGGGACCCAUUGCUGAACUCACAAUCCUACACGUACGACACCGUGACCGAGACGCUGCGAGCGUCGACCUUCACCCCGCACGCCCCAACAGAAUGGUUCUUCUUCAACGGCCACUGGGGGGACAAGUUCUACCCGCUCGGCGACCGGCGCCAGUACCGCUUCGCAGGCCAGUACCACUAUGUCAACGGCCCGCUAGGCCCGCAGCACAAACACCUCGACCGUGGCCACGUCUGCCAGGGGCCAGACGAGAAGCCCUGCGUCAUCAAGAAUUGGAUCGGGGGUCGCCCGGAGCGCCUGCAUCUUGAACCCUUGGAUCCUCCCGAGGAAUGA